UUGAGCUCGCCCGCCCUCCCGGCAUGAUGCAGAUCUGCGAUUCGUACAGCCAGAAGUACUCCCUCUUCAACGCCAUGAACCGCUUCAUCGGCGCUGUGAACAACAUGGACCAGACGGUGAUGGUGCCCAGCCUGCUGCGGGACGUGCCGCUGCUGCUGGAGGAGCUGGACGCGGCGGGCGCCGUCUGCCAGCAGCGAGAAGCCGCCCUGCCGCCCGACGACCCCGGCGCCUACUUUUCCCGCAGGGACAUGUACAGCCACUACAUGCUGCUCAAGUCCAUCCGCAACGACAUCGAGUGGGGCGUGGUGCAGCCGCCGGCGGGCGAGGAGGCGGCCCGCAAGAAGGACAAGCUGGGCGGCGGGCCCGCCGAGGAGGACGAGGGGGAGGAGGACCUGGAGAAGCAGUUCCAUUAUCACCUCAGCGGACUCCACUCUGUUCUCUCUAAGCUGACCCGCAAGGCUAACGUUCUCACCAACAGAUACAAGCAGGAGAUCGGCUUCAGCAGCUGGGGGCAGUGA